GGCCACAUGCCCCGAAUCAAAUCAAAUCGAACGAACUUGAGAAAUCCAACUUGAGCGACGGCCCCUCGUGCUCUGGCGCGCCGCCAAAAACCCUCGCAAGGGCUCAACACUCUCCAGUUCUCAACAACCCCUAAAGGCUCGUGCUCACACGCCAAUUUACCUCUACCGAACGGCGGUCCUCAUCCCACACACUGUCUGGGGCCACUAAGUUCGCCCCGGCGUCCGCCCUAACUGCGAAAUUAGAAACCAACAUCCCACGAAAAUGGCACCAACAGACGACGAAAAACCACCCCAGUCCAUAGACGGCCUCUCCACCACCUCCGAGUCUCCCCAACCUCCACCCGGCCCAUCACCCGAAACCAGCAACAUAACCAAUCCCGGUCUGUCAUUCUGGGAACAACGGCGAGCAGCCUGGGUCUGCGGUCACAAACCAUACCCGGAAGAGGAGGCCGAUAAGGCGAAGGAGGCGAAGGAGGAGCAUUGUGAUUGGGCGAGCAAGAGUCCGGUGCUGAGCGAGGUGCAGCCGGGGCAUAUGGAUGCUAUUUAUAAGUCGAUGGUGGAGGGGAGGAGGUUUGCGAGGCCUGUGCCGUUGCCUUUUGUUGUUGCUGUUUUGGUCGACGGAUGGAAGAAGGAAGGGCUAUGGUCACCUGCGACAGGCAUUGGCGGGGUACAAGCCGGGUACCCACUCGAAGAAGAAUCUCGGCAUCCUACUUGAGAGUUGCGCUCCCGAAGCGUACCAACAGCAACCUAUCAAUACCUCCUGAACCUGGUGAAGCAGCAGGCCCUGUAGUCUGCCCCUCUACCAGCUCAUCGCGACAUGACGAGGAUCACUAGAUGCCGGUCUCUCGGGAGAUCAGACGGUACCGCGAGAACCGGGCCCGCGCGAGAUCACACGGUGGAGCGGAUCGAACGUGGCGAUUGGAGGAGUUGUAUAAGAGGAUAAUCAGCGUCGAGAGGGGGGGAUCUGUACCUCCGCUUUCCCCCUUAGUGAUUCACCUGCGUAUAAGCAUGGAUUUCACAGCAUCGGAGGUGCCUCCCAUUCGGCGCCCCCAAUUCUCCGACCACGCGAACCCACUUCCGGGGCGUCACAGCCCGAAAUUCGAAACUCACCAGAAGC